AUGUGGCUGAGGAAUCAGACGUCUCUGGCAGACUUCAUCUUUGAAGGGCUCUUUGAUGACUUUCCAACCCACCUUUUCCUUUUUUGCCUUACCAUGGUGGUCUACCUUUUUGCACUGGGUGGCAACACCCUCACCAUCCUCCUCAUCUGUGUGGAUCAUGGGCUUCACACACCCAUGUACUUCCUGCUCAGCCAGCUCUCCCUCAUGGGCCUGAUGCACGUCUGCACAACCAUCCCCAAGAUGGCUACCAACUACCUGUCUGGCACCAAGUCCGUCUCCUUCUUAGGAUGUGCCACCCAGCACUUCCUCUAUUUGUCUCUGGGUGGUGCUGAGUGUCUUCUGCUAGCUCUCAUGUCCUAUGACAGGUAUGUUGCCAUUUGUCAGCCUCUGCAUUACAAAGUGCUCAUGAGCAGGAAGGUGGCACUGAUGAUGGCCCUCACCUCAUGGUUGGGGGCAUCUCUGAACUCCCUAAUUCACAAAGUCAUCUUGAUACUCUUUCCAUUCUGUGGGACUCAGAAAAUACACCACUUCUACUGUGAGUAUCCAGCUGUCGUGAAGUUGGUAUUUGUUAACGUCACUGUCUAUGUGUCCACAGUGUUCAUCAGCACCAUCAUACUUCUCCUCCUCCCCAUCAUCCUGGUUUCUACAUUCUAUGGCUUCAUCCUGCACAGUGUCUUUGAGAUGCAUUCAUCUAGGUUUAAGAGAAAUAUCUUUGCCACUUGCAGCUCCCAUCUCAUUGUGUUGUCUCUCUGGUUUGGUGCCUGCAUCUUCUCAUACGUGAGGCUUAGGUCCCAGCACACUCCACUGCAAGACAAAGUUGGUUCUGUGUUCUAUAGGAUCAUUACUCCCACUCUGAAUCUUCUGAUUUAUACUCUCUGGAAUACAAAUGUAGCUAAGGCUCUGAGGAGAGUGGCAGAGACCUCUCCCAGUUUGCACAGAUGGCACUACCAGGGAGAUGACUGCAUGGCAUGCGAAGAUUUGGAUAGAUAUGUUGGCGGUGGUUCACAGCCAAUUCGGCCUUCACCUCUUCCCGGGGCCAGGAAACUGGGAGCUGGGCCUGCCCUGGGCCCACCAAACAGUAGGGGCACUGCAAUAUACACUGGAAGAGGAGUCACAGACUAUGACAUCAUCAGGAUUGGUGAUGCCAGCUCCUAA